AUCCCCUUAUCUGACGCUUUGGACUCUCCCUUGUCAGGACUCUGAGAUCGGGCCUCGAGGUUGCCCUUACAGCCACUUGACCAAGUCAGCAUCGCUCUGUAGAUUCCUCCUCAGCCUCUCCUUCACUCUCCCCUUCUCCAGGUUGUUGGGAUAGUGAGUCUUGGGUGGCACAUUUUUGCGACGGUUCAUCGCAAUCGCUGUCCGAAUGAUCUGGUUUCUUGCGCUGGGUUAGAUGAGCAUCAGAAAUGGGUUGAUUUGGUGGGCAUUACCUUAGCAGCAUGAGAUCCGAGGUUGCUGAUGUUGCGUUUCUUCAAUCUGGGCAUGGCUCAAUGAGUUUUAAUUUUUGCAAUGAAGAUUAGCGCGCGCUUAGCAGCACACGUGACAUGCACGUGAUCGUUAUCAGGGUUAGGGUUUCCCUUUUGGGAGGCGCGAAAAUUUGAUUUGCUUUUUCGCAAACGUGCUGAGCUGCACAAAAAAUCACUUCUAAACAUUUUCACAAUGUAUACCCUUAAACUUUUUUCUGAAGAGAAAUGGAUUAAAUCCAAG